AUGUUAACGCUACCGUUUGACGAAUCUGUUGUAAUGCAAGAGUCCCAGAUCUGCAGAAAUCUUUCCAGAGAAAAUGAAGACCAAAAGCAAAUUAAAAAGCCAGAAAUCUUUGUAAAACAGAUUAUGCACCAAGGAACAAAUUUUGAAAGAUCUCCAGCAGAAUACACAGAAAAAGAGGAAAUAGAUGACCGAGAGGAAGAGGAUGAAAAUGGUUUGCCCAGGAGGAGAACUCUUCGGAAAAAAAAAAUGACCAAGAUGAGAAUGGAUAGAGUUAAAUUUAGGCGUCAGGAAGCAAAUACCAGGGAAAGAAAUAGAAUGCACGGCUUGAAUGAUGCACUGGAUAAUUUAAGGAAAGUGGUCCCUUGUUAUUCCAAAACACAAAAGCUGUCUAAAAUUGAAACUUUAAGGCUGGCAAAAAAUUAUAUAUGGGCUCUUUCAGAAAUCUUACGAAUUGGCAAGAGGCCUGAUCUGCUGUCAUUUGUCCAAAACUUGUGCAAAGGUCUCUCCCAGCCAACAACAAACUUGGUGGCAGGAUGUCUACAGCUGAAUGCCAGAAGUUUCUUAAUGGGUCAGACAGGAGAAACGGCCCAUCACACCAGAUCUCCCUAUUCUACUUUCUACCCACCCUAUCACAGCCCAGAUCUGAACACUCCCGCAGGUCAUGGAACGUUUGACAGUUCCAAGUCCAUGAAACCCUACAAUUAUUGCAGCCCAUAUGAAUCUUUCUAUGAAAGCACAUCUCCUGAGUGUUCAAGCCCACAGUUUGAAGGCCCCUUAAGUCCUCCCCCAAUUAACUAUAAUGGGAUAUUCUCCCUCAAGCAAGAAGAAGGUUUGGACUAUAGCAAAAACUACAAUUAUGGCAUGCAUUAUUGUGCAGUGCCACCCAGGGCUCCCCUUGGGCAGAGUUCUGUAUUCAGGUUGCCUACAGAGAGUCACUUCCCUUACGACCUACAUCUGCGCAGCCAGUCACUCACCAUGCAAGAUGAAUUAAAUGCAGUUUUUCAUAAUUAA